CAAUUCAUUGAUAUCCAAAUUUAAAGUAAUGUUCUUCUUCUUAAUAAUAACUGGUGUGCUUUGCGGGACUCUCAGCUUUUUCCAGGUAAUGACAAUUAGAUAUAAUAUUCAAGAACUAUUGUUAGCAUUAUUAUAUGUAAUCGUUCUUGCAUUAUACAUGAUGAUGAGCAAUUAUGUAUCACAAGAAAUCAUGGAUCACAAUAAUGACGUAAUUAUUACUGUGUACAAUGUUCAAUGGUAUUUAGCACCUUUACAUGUACAAAAAAUGAUAUUGUUUCUGUUGCAAAAGGGUACCAAAGCUUUUACUUUAAAUCUUGGUACAUUGUUUGUAGGAUCAUUAGAAGGUGCCGCAACGUUGAUGAGCACUUCGUUAUCAUAUUUCACUGUUCUUUACUCUACGCAACAUUAA